CAUGCGUCCCGGGGUGCGGGGGCCGCUGUGGCCGCUCCCCUGGGGGGCCUUGGCCUGGGCCGUGGGCUUCGUAGGUGCUGUAGGCUCGGAGAACCCGGCGCCUGGUGGGGUGUGCUGGCUCCAGCAGGGCCCUGAGGCCACCUGUAGCCUGGUGCUGAGGACAGACGUGAGCCAGGCGGAGUGUUGUGCCUCUGGUAGCAUCGACACUGCCUGGUCCAACUACACCCAACCCGAAAACAAGAUCAACCUUCUGGGCUUCCUGGGCCUUGUCCACUGUCUGCCAUGCAAAGAUUCCUGCGACAGCGUGCAGUGUGGCCCUGGCAAGGCGUGCCGUAUGCUGGGGGGUCGCCCGCGCUGCGAGUGCGCGCCCGACUGCGCAGGGCUCCCGCAGAGAGCGCAACACCCGGACCUGUGCAUCCUGUCCCAUGGGCCGCAAAUCAGGCUGAACCUGCAGGCCCGAGUGACCGGGUCUCGCCAACGGAAGCAAGAAGCUGAGCGGCUCCUGGAGUCCUGCGAGCACGUGGAGUGCCCGCGGCCGCAGUCGUGCCUCGUGGACCAGACGGGCAGCGCUCACUGUGUGGUGUGUCGCGCGGCGCCCUGUCCCGUGCCCUCCAGCCCGGGCCAGGAGCUCUGCGGCAACAACAACAUCACCUACAUCUCCUCGUGCCACCUGCGCCAGGCCACCUGCUUCCUGGGCCGUUCAAUCGGCGUGCGCCACCCGGGCAGCUGCGGAGGCGCCCCCGGGCGGGAGGCAGAGGAGGAGCAGCAGCAGGAUGAGGCCGAGUCUGAGGAAGAGGAAGAGAACUUCGUGUGAGCUUCGGGGCCCGACCUCACGUCCCCAGUUUAUUUAUUACCACAGCCCCAGACUCUAAUUUAUGACCCACAGAUGCCCCCCAGCCUGGCCUGGGACCACUUGGGGACCCAGCAGCGCCCUGAUGAUGUCUUGGAAAGGUUGAGGGAAGGAGGCCUGGGGAGGUCCGGAGGGUGUGGCACCCUGGGUACUGAGCCUUAGGGUAGGGGACUUUUUCCCAAAGCCCACUGAUCCUGCUGCCAAGGGGCACCCCAGCUUCUGGUCCUUGGGGGUGGCUCUCACUUAGCACUGCCAUCCAGAGCACAGGAAAUUUCUUUCGGUCACACUGCCUCUGUGUCCCCCAUAUGUGCUGGGCAGGCCUUGUGUGUCCCCUUGGAUGGCCCCCAUUUGGGCCUCCUGACAGCCCUGGCUCAGCCCCCACACAGCUGGCAUUCGUGUGGUUCACCUAGCAACCUCCUGUGGCCUCAUACUGGGUGAGCAGCAUCUGCUCAGAACCCAGCGCUGUGUCCAAUGGCAGGCUACUUGGGGCACUGUGACCCCAGCUCACCCAUAGGCCAGGGUAAGGUGCGGGUACUGGGAGCCCAAGUGGGGCCUGGGCCCUCUGCCAGGUACAGCACGGCCAGUGAGCCUUAGACACUGUUCCUAGCAGACCCUUCUCGCCCACCAGUCUGGCUGGGCAAGGUGACCCUAGCCAAGCAGGUGCUAUUGGGGACCAGUCCCCCCAACACUGCCUGCUCUCCACUUGACUGCUAUUCAAAGUCACCAAAUGUGCCUUCUUGGAGACCAAAAGCUCAGACCACACAUAGGACCACUCAGCAGGAAGGAAGCCCAGCUCCCCUAAUCCUGGGCGAGCAGUUUGGGGGAACUCUUGCCCAUCCUGCUGCAGCCCCUGGGCAUGCUUUAUUGGAAUGCCCAGAAAAGGGUCAGGAGAGGGGUCCACAGAGUCCCCUGUGAAGGCAACUUCCUCCUUCCUGGGGUCCUGCCUCACCAAAGCAAUAAAAUCUGAAAAAGACA